UGGCCGGCAAUAUCGAUAGCUUAUGAGGACGCGGAAACAGAUAUCAUGACUAGACCACCACGAAAUCCUAAGAAGGACAAGCUUGUUAAUGCCAGGCUAAUGAAUUUUUCAUAUCUGCAAAUCGGAAUCAUGCAAGCUGUGGCCGGUUUCAUGACCUAUUUUGUUAUCAUGGGUGAAAAUGGGUUUCAUGCUUGGCGUCUGCUAUGGAUUCGAGAACAGUGGGAUGAUCCACUUAUAGACGAUUUAGAAGACAGUUAUGGACAGCAAUGGACUUAUGAAGCGAGGAAAGGUUUGGAGCGCUGCUGCCAUGGUGCAUUCUUUUACGCGAUUGUCGUUGUACAGUGGGCUGAUUUGCUGAUUUCAAAAACUCGUUAUAAUUCAAUUGUGCAACAAGGAAUGAGCAACUGGGUUCUGAACACUGGUUUGUUGUUCACGACAGUGCUCAGUACGGUGCUUCUUUUCACACCAUUCGUGAACCGAGUGUUCGGUCUCACACCGAUCAGGUACUCACUAGUUUUUUGGAAUAUAUUGCUAGCUACUGCUAGCUCUGACUAUAAUUUUCGGCGUGCAUAUGCUUUGGAAUUGCGCAAAAAUAGAAUUACCGACAGUUAA